AUGUCGAUGAAUAUCCAAGAAGAACAAAAAAACAGCGCAAUUCAUAUGCUGAACUUAAAUGAAUAUAGUGAAGGGUUAAAUAAUAGUGGUAAUAUGUCAUAUUAUUCUCAUGAUAAAAUAUGGAAAGUUUUAAUAUAUGAUUCUGAGGGCCAAAAUAUAUUAGCCCCUUUAUUAAAAAUUGGUAAUUUAAGGCACCAUGGUGUGACAUUAAAUUUAAAUUUACACAACGAAAGAAAUACAAUACCAGAGGUGAAUGCCGUUUAUUUUAUUGAUAGUAAUAAAGAAAAUAUAGAUAAAGUUAUAAAAGAUAUGAUAAACAAUAUGUAUGGGAGUUAUUAUAUAAAUUUUGUUUCAUAUAUAGAUAAUGAGAUAUUUGAAUAUUUUGCCAAUGAGUGCGUAAAAAACAAUGUAGCUUCUUAUAUAUCAAAAAUAACAGAUAGAUACUUAAAAUUUAUUAGUUUAUCUAGCUCUACAUUUUCUUUAAAUAUCCCUCGUUGCUUUAAAAUACUGCAUGAAACAGAUGAAAAUUUAAUACAAAAUGUUAUGAACAAAAUAACAGAAGGUUUAAUCUCAUUAUUAGUCACAUUGGGUGUUGUACCCAUUAUAAGAGUUUCAUCAAAUGAUUCAUAUCCUUCUAAAAUGAUUGCAGAAAAAUUACACAAAAAUAUUUAUGAAUUAUUAAAUUUAAGAUCGACAAAUAAUUAUAUAUUUAAUUCAAAAAAUGCACAAAGACCAUUAUUAAUAUUAGCAGAUAGAGAUAUUGAUUUAAGUGUUAUGGUUCAACAUUCUUGGACAUAUCAAGCAUUAAUUCACGAUGUUUUUGAUAUAAAAUUGAAUAAAAUUAAUUUAGCACCGAGUAGUGGGAGUAGUAACACACCGAAAAGUUCUGAAAAAAAUGUAACGAAACAUUAUGAUAUUGAUAAUAAUGACUCAUUUUUUUUAAACAAUUGUAAUAAACCAUUUCCAGAAGUUGCAAAUAAUAUAAGUGAAUGUUUAAAUGAAUAUAAUGAAAAAAUGAAAAACUUAAAUAAAAAUGAUAAAAGUGCCAAUAACAAUGAUAAUAUAACAGGGGGAUUGAUGUCUGCUAUGAACAUAUUGCCAGAAAUGGCUGAACAUAAAAGGUUAUUAGAUAUGCAUACAAAUAUAUUAACCGAAUUAAUUAAAGAAAUAAAAGAAAGAGAACUAGAUCGAUUUUAUGAAAAUGAAUUUGAUUUUGAAUCUUCUAAUGAUAAAGUUUGUAUACAACAUAUGAAUAAUAUAUUAAAUUCUGCAAAAGCAAAUAAUUAUGAUAAAUAUAGAGCCUUUUUAUGUUUAUACAUAGCUAAAAGAAAUUUAAAUUCACAAACCGUAGACCAAUUUAUUCAACAGUUAAACCAAUUAAAUAUAGAUACAUCUGCUAUUUAUUUUAUUAAACAAUUAGAAAAUUUUAAAUCCAUGAAUAUUAAUAUUAAUAUUAAUUCACAACUAAAUCGUACAGCUAGUAAUGGUUUUAGCAAUACUAUUUCGAACCCGACUAAUAAUACCAGUUCAUUUAAACAACAAUUUAAUACAUAUAGUAAUAUAUUUAUUGACAAAGGAUUUAAUAUAUUACAGGGAGCUAAAAAUUUAUUACCUAAAAGAAGAGAAAUAAAAAUUACUAAGCUAGUUGAAACGCUUAUAGAAAAUAAACCUUCCGCAUUAAAUGACCAAUUUAUUUAUAUUGAUCCGAAAAAUCCACCAAAUACUAAAAUGAACAAUUUAUAUAUUAAAAAUGAAAAUAUAAAAGAUUGUAUAAUAUUUAUUAUUGGUGGUGGAAAUUAUAUAGAAGUUUCAGCAUUAAAAGAUUUGGAAGAAAAAUUAAAUAAAAAAAUUAUAUACGGAUCUACUGAUUUUGUUAGGGCCGAAAACUUUGUUCAAGAGCUCAACGAAACAGGAAGAGCUUUAAAAUGUUGA